AUGAAUGUGCCCCUCAUCUGCGACUGUGGCUCGGGCGUCAGCAAGGUGGGCUUUGCGGGGACAGAAGUGCCUCUGGCUAUAUUCCCAACCAUCCUCGGGAAACUUCGUCAUGAUAAGCUGUUGGUGGGAAUGGAGGAAGAAGACUGGUUCAUCGGAAAUGAAGUUCAGAAAAAUCGAGGGAAACUCAACCUGAAAUAUCCCAUCUCUCGGGCAGCCAUCACCAACUGGGACAACAUGGAAAAGAUCUGGCACUACUCCUUCCACCAGGUGCUGCACGUCGCCCCAGAGCAGCAUUCUCUGACGCUGACAGAGCCGCCCUUGAACCCAAUGUCCAACAAAGAGAAAGUGUCGCAGAUCCUGUUUGAGACCUUCAGCGUGCCGGCCCUGUAUUUAGCCAUAUUCCCUACAUGGCACAUGGCCGACUUCGUGAUGCAGGAGCUGAAGCUGAGAGACAUUUAUGAACUUGAGCGAGGUCAUUUCGACAGGGACGGGGAGUUUAAAUCUGUAGAGAACUCCUAG